AGACUAAAUCGGAAGUAGUAAUACUGAUGCUCGCCGUAGCGUUUCCACAGCAUUCAGCAAGCACGGGUUACGCUUGAGUUUUAGUAGGCAUGGCUUCGGAUUGGCUAGGUAGUUUGGUGUCAAUCAACUGUGGACCAACACUGGGAGUCUAUCAGGGAGAAGUGUCAUCAGUGGACCAGUCCUGUCAAACCAUCUCGCUCAGACAACCUUUCCACAAUGGAGUAAGGUGCCCAGUGCCAGAGGUCACAUUCAGUGCCAUUGACAUAAAAGACCUCAAGAUAUUGGAAAUCAGAAAUGGAAAUACCCAAAACAACUCUUCCGUGUCCACCAAAACAAGCAGUGCUCCGGUUGCGGUACCAAAAGGUGAUCCUCGUAGCGUAGACAUGGUCAACUCUCCGCAACACUGCUCCAAAAGCUAUGGCGACCGCCAUCUGGAUGUCCCCAAGGGCUUCAGACGAAGACACAACUCCUGGUCAUCAAGCAGUCGAGGUGCAAACCAAGCCACCCCUAAAAAGAACGGGGUGAAAAACGGUAUCAGCCAGAUGAAGCAAAGGGACGACGAGUGCUUCGGGGACGGCAUGGACGACGGCCUGGACACAGACUUUGAUUUUGAGGGAAACCUGGCCCUUUUCGACAAAGCGGCCGUUUUCUCAGAGAUUGACACAUCGGAGCGUCGGAAUGGUGCGAGGUCACGCGGUACACCUCACGAGCAGACUCCCUCGCGCUACCGCCAUGAUGAGAACAUUAUUGAAAGCAAACCUAUCGUGUACAGACAGAUAACAGUACCGCAGCCUGGAGCCAAAGAGUACUGCACUGACUCUGGACUGGUUGUGCCCAGCAUAGCUUAUGAACUGCACAAGCGUCUGCUGUCAGUCGCGGAGCGCUAUGGCCUCACGUUGGAGCGGCGACUUGAGAUGACCGGCGUGUGCGCCAGUCAGAUGGCGCUCACGCUGCUCGGUGGGCCCAACAGGUUCACGCCAAAGAAUCUCCACCAGCGUCCCACCGUGGCUCUACUAUGCGGUCCGCAUGUGCAGGGGGCGCAGGGCAUCAGCUGCGGUCGUCACCUGGCCAAUCACGAAGUUGAGGUCGUUCUGUUUCUGCCCAACUUCGUCAAGAUGCUCGACUCAGUCACCAGCGAGCUAACUCUCUUCAGUAAGACUGUUGGCAAGCUAGUGUCAAAUAUCAAAGAUCUGCCCGAUACCCCCGUGGAUCUAAUCAUAAACUGCCUCGAUUGCCAUGAGAACACAUUCCUGAUGGAUCAGCCUUGGUACCGGGCAGCUACAGAAUGGGCCAACCAGAACCGGGCGCCAGUGCUCAGCUUGGAUCCUCCCAUUAGUGGACAGGGGCAGGCGGUGGAGGCCAAGUGGUCCCUCUCCCUUUGCCUCCCCCUUCCCUUAGGUGAGGGGGCUGGCAGAGUUUACCUGUGCGACAUAGGCGUCCCCCGCCAGGUGUUCCAGGAAGUUGGCAUCAAGUACCUCUCUCCUUUUGGGUGCAAAUUUGUCAUCCCGCUGCACUCGGCAUAACAGGAAGGAUCACUUCUUGAAGCUUUAACCAUCGUGAGAGCUUUGUAUUUCUGAGCUUCAUGUGUUUAGUCAUAGUUGCUGAGCUCUCAUUCUUUCUGGAGGACCAUCGUUGACAUUUAUUAGUUGUUCAAGACUACAUGCUUGUGGACUGGAGCGUAAACAGUUUUCAAUUCGAGAUUACGCUGAAAUAUUAACAUCUUUUAGAGGCUGCGGUAAUUAUAGAAAAGAAAACUUUCUUUAAAAUAACUAAUGUUGUCAUAAUACUGUUAUUUUGUUGGACAAUUUUGGGCUUGAACAUUGUUAUACAAACGCCAUCCAAAUCCAUGGAGUUAUUGAACAAUGUUUCUUACAUCUUUCGUCACAGACAUGUUUAACAAAACCGGCAGCUACUGACUUAAAAGGAUGAUAAUGUCUCAAUGUGACUAUUUUUUUUUUUUUGUCUGUGCAGAGGUGGACUGUGAUACAAAGUGCUACAGUAUAUUAUUUUGUGGUAUCAUCUGAAGACAGACUGAAGAUUUGCCCAUUUCAAGUUAGUUCUCCCACAGUUUAUAUGGUAGGCCACUAACUAACCAAAUAUUUUGAAUGGUAUUUGAGUAACAAAAUUAAAAGAACUCUUGAUUAGACAGUUAAAUAGAUAAUAAUUAAAAAUUUAAGAACAACCAAUCUGAGUCGAGGAUGGAUGGACAGCAAUGAAAGAUGAUUUUACUCACUUUGAGAAUGGUCGAUCGACACUUGGGAAGUGGUUUCCCUUGUUACUGAUAGUGAUUUUGAAGUCAGAGAUGAGCAUAAUGCUGUGAAAUAGAAUUCAGGUUUGGAGAGUACAUGUCAGUGCUCUGUGUUGUGCUUGAGGUCUUUGCCAGCAAAUGGGGAAAUAGUUGGUUCAUUCUGUUAUGGGACCAGCUUCACGUUGAUUAUACACAUUCUCCGCACAUUUAUAUUUUUUCAGUUACAUAUAAUUUGGAUUUUUUUUGCAUUUAGAUAUGAGCAAAAUAUUACGGGAGGAUUAAGAAGUCCUUGCUUCAUAUUUGCGUCAGCGUUGUCAUUUUUCACCCAACAUUCCAGAGGGCCGACGUGUUGCUGGCAGCGAGCCUGUUGUCAGCUAGCAUUGAUGAUUGUGAUUCUUUUUGUGUUGUUUUUUUCCUGUGCCAUUAGAGCUGGAAAUCUCACACUUAUACUGCUGUCAUUGCAGCAGUCUUAUUUGGUAAAGUUGUUCAUACUGUUUAGUUUUUCAUGUCCAGUAUCACCUUUAGUGGUUGUUUGUCCAGAAGAGAUUGCAUUUAAAAAAAAAAUCUCAUUAAAUACAUAUUGUCACUGUUUUCUAAAUUGUUAUGUCUGCAAACUGAAAUAAUUAAAUGUGUUGGCCUUA